CCCACCUUGAAGUAGAGAGAGUAUUCCCCGUAUUCCCUCCCACUCCAAUUGCUUCGAUAUAUUCUUCCCUCCCAUUCGCAAAGAUGGCUACCACUUCUGACUCGGUUCCGGCCUCUUGCAAGGUCAUGCUCUCCAAGCAUGUCGCCAACGGCUUGCUUGCGGAGGUCCAGCAGGGCGUCCAUACCCUGGAGAAACCACCCCAUCUGGUGGGAUUCCUCGCCAACAACGACCCUGCGGCGUUGAUGUAUGCCCAGAUGACGGAGAAGACGUGUCAGGAAAAUGGCUUCCGCUACUCCCUCCGUGAAGUUGCCCGCGAUGAUCUCGAGCAGGCUAUCCUCGCUGCCAAUGCCGAUUCCGAUGUUAACGGCAUCAUCGUAUACUACCCCAUUUUCAACAACCGCCAGGACCAGUACCUGCAGCAGAUCGUCGACAUAAAUAAGGAUGUAGAGGGUCUGAGCCACCGUUACAUUUUCAACAUGUACCAGAACAUUCGUUUCCUUGACCCCGAGACCAAGAGACAGAAGUGCAUCCUCCCCUGCACCCCGCUCGCUGUCAUUAAGAUCCUCGAAUACCUCAACAUCUACAACACGAUAUUGCCGUACGGUAACCGCCUCUUUGGACACACUAUCUGUGUUGUGAACCGCUCCGAGGUGGUUGGUCGCCCUCUCGCUGCUCUGCUGGCCAACGACGGUGCCUGCGUCUACAGUGUCGAUAUCACCGGUGUUCAGAAGUUCACUCGUGGUGAGGGUCUGAAGAAGGGCAGACACGAGGUCGUCGACCUCGAGGGUAAGACCUUGAAGGAUGUGGCACCUCUGUGUGAUGUUGUCAUCUCCGGUGUUCCCGGAGAGAAGUACAAGUUCGAUACCAGCCUCCUCAGAGAGGGUGCUGUGUGUGUCAACUUCUCCAGCGAGAAGAACUUCGGACCCGAGGUGAAGGAGAAGGCCUCCAUUUUCGUGCCUUCCAUAGGAAAGGUGACCAUUGUUGUCCUGCUCCGCAACUUGCUGAGACUCAUCCAGAACAGCCGUGUGGAUGACGUGAAGCCCGCUGAAGCCACCGAGCGCCCGGGAACCCUGGAAGCCGCUAACUAACCUACUACACUACGACCAUUAUUCUCUAAAACGUGCCACGGGAGACGAAUUAAGAAGAGCCAGUCAUAGAUUCCGUUUUACUUCCACUUCUUCUGUUGUAUCUUUUCCACUGAAGCCAUAUAUCAUGCGACUCAAUCAUUCUUGUAUAAAAAAAAGACAAAAAGCUAUGCCCCAUUUUGGUCAAAAUUCGCCGUAUUUGUCUCGUUUCUUGAGCCUUUCCAAGCAUGAGAAACGAAAAGAAUAUACAUACAUGUAUUAUGCCGAAUAUAUUGCUCCUACGUUCAAACCACUACUGAAUCCUCUGAACAACAAGACACUUUCAUAUCUGGAAAGAAAAGACUAAUGCAACCAAGGACAAGAAACUCC